CUAUAACUUACAAAUAAGCGUGCUAAAAGCGACCACAGCUAACAAUCCUUGUAUAAAAAAUCCAAAAGUGUCCGUGAGGUCGCAUUUCACAGCCACUGUGUCUUCUCUGGCUGCCAUCGUUGUGUUAGCCAAAGUAGUUGAUGUAGUCGAUCUUGUCGCGUUUAAAUAAAGCGUUGAUACGCUUGAAUUCAUUAUUAACAUACAAUAAGCAUUUUUAGUUUAUUGUACAGGCAUUAAAACUAAAAUUCAAAGCGUAUUUUUGAAAGAAAAGCGUCUUCAUUUAUCAUGAAUCAACAUGUAGAUUGGCGACUUGUCAAAGAGAAGUGAAAAGCCACCCCUCCCUGGAUUGUCAUUUGACACUUAUGUUAUUAUCGCUUUGUAUUCGCCUUCGUUCCCGAAAAUGGCGGUACCACCUGGUUCUCUUGACUUUUCCGAUAUUUCCCCGGUGCCUCUAUCUUCCUCGCCGUCAAGAACGAUCCUAACAGAAGCGUUUAACUCUCCAAAGUUAACUCGGAAAUUUUUGGAGCAAAUCUCGUCUGUGGACAAGAGUGGUUUACCUUUAAAUACGGCCUGGACGCUUUGGCUUGAUAGGUGUGAAUCCGUGUGAUUUGUAUUUUAUGUAUUUUAUGUUUAGAUUUUGAGCUAUAUUAUUUAGGUUUUUAUUUGGUUUUUGUUCCUAGGUUUGUUCGAAAUGCGACGGCAGCCGAAUAUGCAGCAAAUUUGAGAAAAGUGUACACUGUUAAAACCAUUCAGGUUUGUUUUGUUUAUAAUAAAUACGGAUUGUAAUUAUGUGGGGGAGAGGGGUGGUAUGGUAUGUUGUAACAAUUAAGGUCAUGUUACAUGAGGUCAUUUUUGCUGCAAUUUGAGACACAAAUAUUUCAGACAUAGUUAAAAAUUAACCAUGUUAUCUAAAAAGUAGUCGCAGUGUGUGAGCACAGAAUAGAAACCAUACAGAAGGUGGACUUCUUGGUUUUUCCGUAUGAUUUUGGUGUAACUGUUGCAAUGCGAUAUGAGAGCCAUCCCCCCCUGAAAUGAAUCAAAAUGGCAGAUGUUCAAGGGGGUGAAUGCCUCUCAUAACUGCACUGGCUAGGAACAUGGCAACAACAUUUUGAUGAUGAAUCAUUGUGUGGCAGUAGAGUCGACCGUUUGUCUUUAUUCUGUGGUGUGAGCAUGCCAGCAUGCCUACCUUAUAAUAUUACACUCUAUUUACCAUAGAGUUUCUGGAGUGUAUUUAACAACAUCCCAGCAGCGUCAAAACUCGGAUUUCGGACCAGUUAUCACAUGAUGAGAGGAGAGAGAAGGCCUGUAUGGGAGGACGAUGAAAAUAUCUGCGGCGGUUAUUGGAAAAUGAGAUGUCCAAAAGGCUACACGGUGAGGGACAAGUUGAUUGAGUGACACUGACAGCCAGUAUUGACAAACCAAAUAUUUUCCACUUGUCUAACAACUUUGUCAUUAUUUCUUCAUCAGGACCAAGCGUGGAAAGAGCUUCUUUUGGCCAUCAUCGGGGAACAAAGUUUAAAUGAUGUACUAGCAGACGGUUGGUAUUACAUCAUUUAUGGUCUAAACAGGCUUUUGAAGGGAAGUUUACAACCCCAUUUUGCCAGCCAAUUUUUUUUUUGAUACUAGUAAAUUCCACUCCCAGAAGCAAAUUGCUUCCUCCCAUUCCCAAGCAGUGGUUCAAAUUCUGAAAAAUUGAGCAAAUUGUGGCUCCUAUUCACCUCUAAUCUUCACAACCCACUCUGAUAAAGUACGGUGCAUUAGGAUGUGUUUUCCACCUGACUGACCUUGCCUCUCAUUGAACUGUAUUCUACUCCUUCUGUAGGUGAUGAAAUAGUUGGUCUCAGUGUCAGUAUUCGUGAUAGAGAUGACAUUCUACAAAUCUGGAAUGCAAAAGCUAAUUUAGCUAGCGAAUCUAAGGUUUGUAUUUAAAAAGGUUGUUUAUGAGUAUGCAUGUGACACAGUAUUCAAAGACUUGAAUAUAAAUUUUCAUAUCUGUAGGUUUUAAAAAAGAUUUCUGAAAUUCUGCCUCAACUCAAUAUUGAAGAUGCUUUUUAUAAAUGUGAGUAUUUACAAACGAUUUAAAAUGAGUCUUAAAUUAAUGACAUUUACAAAUUAUGAAAACAUUGUAUCAACAACAUUUUCUAUGUUUUAGUUCACAGAGAUCACCAUGCGUUUGAAGGUCAAAGAGUCAUCUCCAGACCUCUUGGAUUUCCAACAAGUGGUCCGCUAAAGUAGGAAUAAAUCAAAUUAUUAAAAUUGUAUCUAUAAGUUUUCUUCCUCUAUUAGUGUAAACUUCCUUCUUGCCGUCAAAUUUUGAGUUCUGAAAAGUUCAGCAAAAUAGUGGAGAACUGUUGUACACUUGCACCACUGGACAAUUAAGGCGAAUUGGCAGCUACGUCUCUGGAGCUGGUUGUAUAAAACUCUUUAUGCAUAGUCUGUCAAGAUAUGUUGGUCUGGAAACUAAACACAAGUCAUUGUAUUAUGUUUUUGUCUGAGUUUAUGUUAAUUUGUGCAUGGUCACGGUGAUUGAGCUCAUUGUAUUUUCGUAUAAUGAAGUAACUGUCCAAUAAGGAUAGCUGAGAUGAAACGUGCAACCAGAAUGAAUAAUAUUUAAUGAAGUUGAGACAAAGGAUUUGUGUACGGUGAGGUACAGUUCAACAUCAAACAAAGCUCUUCUUUUUUGUGGCUUUGAAGUUUGCCUUCCAGACCAUCAUAUCUUCAAGUUGACAGACCAUAUGCUUUAUCGUAGUGAAAUGGAAGUCUAACUAUGGUGCCUCUUUAUACAACUGGCCCCUGACAGAUGUCUUGUGAAACUGGAAAUUAAUUUGUUGGACUGUACAAGUGAUGAUGUUAUUUAGUUUUAUUUUACAACCUGCAUUUUCAGUUCAACUCUGUCAAUAAGCUCAGGUAUCAGACUCAAAAAAUUUCCAUCAAAAGCUGCUUAAUUUAAUUAAUAGGUUUCAACGCGAGUAUAGUAGCCAAAGUGUAGUAUUUAAAACAUAUUUCUAAGUUUUAAGUUAUGACAAUUUUUAUGCUUGUAGGCAACUCUAUAUAAAUUUGUGAAUAAAGUUUAUAUAAAUUUAUUAUAUCAUAAUUUAUAAGUGAUAGUUUAUAAUAUUCUGUCAUUGUUGCAUACAUUAUAGGAUUGUAGCAAUUAGUUAAACGUUAAUUGUUACAAUAUUUACUCAACGUUUUUCAUAAUUAUCUCCACCCCUCAUGUAUUUAAUCUCACGAUGUGAAGGCACUUUUUGUUUCGGUAUCUCCAUGUUAGAUUUCCAGGAAAUUUUAUGUUUGCUUGUGUCUUUUGGAAAUGGUUUCACUGGAAUAUUCCCACUCUUGCUGUAGAAUGUCAUCACUGCGCCAUUUUUGGCGUAGCUUUUCCCUCUGUAUGGAUUAUACGGCACGUAAUUAUCACGGGAGUAACGGCUUUGGACCCAGUCGUAUUGUUUGGAUCU